AUGAAUCCAUUUAUUCGUCAAUUAUCAACAUUUGUUCGUGCACUUUCACAAUCUAGUAUUAAAUUAAUAAGUGUUGUACCAAAUGCUCGUUUACCAUUAUUAUCACCAAAUUUGCGUGAAUCUCGUCCAUUAGAAGGAACAGGUGAACAGACAUUUGAACAUGCAUUUAAAUCAUUCCGUGGUCUUUUUUUAUUAACUGGUCAAUAUGAAGCAGCUCGUUAUUUAAUAUUAUCAUAUGGUGAAUGUCUUCGUCAUUAUAUUAUUCCAAAUUUAUCAGGUAAUGGAAAAAUAGCUCGUUAUAAUGCUCGUGAUGCUGUUUGGUGGUGGCUUUAUUCAAUAUCUAAUUGUACAAAUUUAGUUCCAGAUGGAUAUGAAAUUCUUUCAGAUGAAGUAUCACGUUUAUAUCCAACAGAUGGUAGUCCCCGAUACAGGACAGGCCGAAUCAACAAACGCUGGGGUGUUGUCGCAAGUUUUUCGGGGGUUGUUCCGAAUUUUUUUAAUGAGAAUAAAUUUUUUUUUCUAGCAGAACUCAAGAAAAACAUUUCAUUUUCGCUCGGAAAAAACGAAAAUUUUCGAUUAUUGGGGGUUUGUCACAAGCCCCUAGGCGGACCAGCCCUUUAUAUUAUCGUGAUGUUAUCCAUCUCACACUACAGUGCUUUAAGACAACUAUCUACAAAUGUGUAUUGCAUGUAAUAUGAUCUUAUUAUGGGUUAUGCAGUUAAUUAUAUUAGAUAAGGUUGGUAAGAUCUGUUUUUUACAUUUUUUUUCACUUGCAAUCACUUUUUGAAUUUCAAAACAAUCAAUUGAACACGAAGAUAAAAUGGAUUUAAAAACCAUUGAUAAAUUAGCAUUCCUUUAUUUUUUUUAAAUAGGAAAAAUCUGUACAAGUUUUGAGGAAGAAAUGUUACUGAACCUUUUUUAAAAAUUUAAUUGCAUUUGAAUUUUUACAAGAUACUCUCUUGAAUUGGUCAAGUAAAACUACAAACUUUAUUUGGAAAACAACAGUUUUAUCUACAUCGACCUUAAAUGAUUUGGAAGUGUCCCAUUCUUUUAAUGCACUUUGUGUGAGAAAAAGUACUCUAUUCGAUUCAAUUAAUGAGAAAUAAAAAACGAUCUAUUUAAUCAUAGAAAAAAAAAUAGAUGGUAAAUGUUAGUAUGGGCAGUGUAAGCUAAUCGCAUUCUUCUUAUUAAUUACUCAGCAUUUUAUAUUUAUUUUCUUUUUGCUUGAUGUUUCUUCAUUUUGUGAAUCAUAUGAUGAUCAAGCAUCGAAUGAAGUGUUUUUCUCUCUCUUAUAUAUUUGUUUCUUACUAUUUAGAUCCAAAACAAGACUAAUUUAUUAUGUGUUGGAAGAAAAAAUAUUGAUGAUGGUACACGACAAGUACUUAACACUAUUCGUUCAUGCGAAGAAUUAUUGUCUUCGAUUACAUAUCCAA